AUGACGAAUAAACCCGAUUCUUAUGCAGGUUUCAAUGACUAUAACCCUUUACUAGAUGCAGAAGGGUUAAAAUAUGAUACUGAUUUACAACAAGCCGUGUUGAAAACUAGUCACGGACGACGUGCACCGCCAACUAGUCAAAAGGGUGGGUUUUUGUCGAAAAUGAAAAAUGUAUUCACCCGACAGAAGAAUUCUGACGUGCCUGUAUCGACAACCAAUGCAACUGGUCGAUUAGGUACUGCAUCGAAAGCUGCUCUACAACAGCAACAAAAUGCCUUGGGAAACGCGCCACUUGGCUCAACAGCACGUCGUCCAACUACAGCGCAGAAGCGACCAACAACUGCUAUACAGGGCGCUGGUUUUAUGGCAGGAGUCGGAGCAUUUGGUAGUCAUGUUGCAACGGCCGGACCAAAUCAAUUCGAAAAGAAAGAAGAAAGUAAUGAAGACAAAGCGCGUAAAAUGGAAAAACAUAUCAUCGAUCUCGUGGAUGAAAGUUGUUUGGCAUACGAACGAAAUGAUAGUAAACUUGCACUUGAAAAAGCUGAAGAAGCAAUGCAAACUGACAAGAGUCUUGGCCGUUACCGUGAAGAACAAAAUAUGAACGAAUCAGAUUUGAACCUAACAGGAUGCGUGAUCCUGCAUUGUGCAAAUAUGUAUACAAAAUGUGGUAUGAAUACUGAAGCAUUAAACCAAUACAAUGUUAUACUGAAAAAUAAAUUAAUCCCUGUACAUAAUCGAAUACGACUAAAUAUUGGCAAUAUUUUCCUUCAUUCCAAGCAAUAUGUGAAAGCAUUGAAAAUGUAUCGAAUGGCAUUGGAUCAGAUCUCCGAUCAGAAUGCUGAUUUAAAAUUUAAAAUUCGUGAAAAUAUCGCAGCAACACAUAUCAUUACGGGACAAUAUGCAGAAGCAACACAAGCUUAUGAAUCGAUCGCGCAAGAACGUCCAAAUUAUCGUAGUUGUUUCAAUCUUUUCCUGUGUUACUAUACGUUAGGACAACGUGACAAGGCACGAGCUGCAUUUAGUGAAUUAUUGAAGAUACCUUUUGUCAAGUCAGAAGAUGAGCCAAUGAUUUCAAUAGGUAAAGAAAACAAGCAGACUAGUCUGGUAUCGGAAGCAAUACGUGAUGAUCGUUUGAGACAGUACGAGCGAAAGCGACGUCGUUUUGCGGAGCAUGUCAUUAUCACUGCUGCGAAACUGAUUGGCAGUAGUGCAGACGGAGAUUUCGUUGGAGGAUAUGAAUGGUGUAUUGAACAAGUACGAGCCUCGUCUUAUUUGGAACUGGCUAGCGGCCUGGAGAUUCAAAAGGCUAUUGCUUAUUUACGUGACGACAAUUUUUCUAAGGCUAUUGCAACAUUGAAAGAAUUUGAAAAAGCUGAAGCGAGAUUAGCUGGGGCAGCUUCGACUAAUUUAUCAUUCUUAUAUUUUCUGGAAAAAGACUUGAAUAAUGCGCAUAAAUAUGCCGACUUAGCGCUGAGAUCCGACAAAUUUAACCCAUCUUCUCUGAUCAAUAAAGGAAAUUGUUGUUUCGCCCAGGAUGACUAUGACAAAGCUCGAUACUACUACGAAGAAGCACUCAACAUCGAUGCUGGUUCAGUCGAAGCUCUCCACAAUCUCAUUCUCACUUUGAUUAAAUCCAAUCAAUAUCAACGUGUCAAAGACUAUUUACACAAAUACAUGACUAUUCAACCAGAUAAUAGUCAAGUGUUUUGUUUAAUGGGCCAAGUAUUACAACAAACAAACGAUAUAGAUCAUGCGAAAAGCUGGUAUUUACAAGCGUUAAGUACUCAUCGAACCGAUGGUUAUUUACACAGACAUAUUGGUGAAUUGCUCGACAAUCAAGGAGAUAAAGCAGAUGCUUUGCAAUAUUAUUUUGAUGCAUAUCGUCAUAACCCAUGUGACAUGGAAACAUUACAAUGGCUUGCAUCGUACUAUAUUGAAGCGCAAUUUCCUGGCAAAGCCGUUGAAUUCUGUGCUCAGGCAGCCUUAGUGAAACCUGGUGAAAUCAAAUGGCAUCUAAUGGUAGCUUCAUGCUAUCGUCGUGUUGGUGAUUAUACAGCUGCAUUAGAAAAAUACAAAUGGAUUCAUCAACAUUUCCCUGAUGAUACCGAUUGUAUUCAAUUUUUAAUUAAAAUCGCCACCGAUCUCAGUUUACCUGAUCGUGAACUCUAUGAAAAUGAAUUAAAGAAAGUCAAUAAGAGAAAAGACGUCCAACAACAACGCAAAACAAGUGCAGAGAAAAGUCGCAACAUAAUUCACGGACGAAAAGUAACGUCCACCGAACGUGACGUCUCGCUGAACGCUCGACUGCCAGUCACUGACGAACGCCAGAAACGAACACCCAUCGACCUCGAUAAUACAGAGGGCGUGUUUUCUCCACCAGAACAUGUUUCUGUCCGUCCGUAUAUCGAUCAAUUUCCUAAACAUAUGGCCGGCGAGAGACCAAAAACCGCUAUCAGCAAAAAAGAAGCAAAUACAAUCGUAUUCGAUGACGAUGAUGAUGCGGCUGAACUUCUACCAGAUUAA